CUGAGAGAGAAUUGGCAUGGCGUGGCCACUCCAACCUUAUAAAGGCCUCUCGUCAUUAUGCUUGUUAGAGAAAACAUUUAAGUGUGAAGGCAAUAUCCGUUUUAUUAAAAAUGGCCCAGAUUUUGUCCUCUCCGUUCUUUUCGUUUUUCAAUGCUAGCGCUCGAUGCCCAGUAUGGAUUUCAAAGAAAGCCCAUGGAUAUUCGCCUUCUGGAAAUCGCUCGCGCUCAAAGAGUUUGGCUUGCCACAAUAUACCAUCUGCUGUUGUCGGAGAGGAUGUGAAAAUUCAUCAGACUUUAACGAUAGCUUAUACGGAGCAUAAAAUCAAUCGUAAUUACGAGAAAAAAGAUUAUGUUCAUUCUAUUUCAACAUUUGAAGAGGCACCCUUGGAUGAGAUGGAUAAGAGAAUAGAGGAAUUGGUCGCAGAGAUCAAAAUGCUCUUUAAUUCGAUGGAAGAUGGGGAAAUAAGUCCCUCUGCUUACGAUACUGCGUGGGUAGCGAGAGUUCCUGCCACUGAUGGCUCCCCUAAACCCAAGUUUCCUCAAAUGGUGGACUGGAUUCUUCACAAUCAGUUACCGGACGGUUCCUGGGGACAGAAGCGUCGCAUUUUAGCGUGUGAUAGAUUACUCAAUAGUCUUUCCUGCAUAGUUACUCUAGCCUUCUGGGGCGUUGGAGACAAUCAAGUGAACAGAGGUCUUAAUUUCUUAAGGAGAAAUACAGGAGGACUGAUCAAAGCAGCCCUAAGUCACUAUCGAUCCAAGGGAUUUGAAAUGGUCUUUCCUGCACUGCUGAAAGAAGCCAAACUUUUGGGUUUGGAUCUUCCUUACGAACUACCUAUCAUAAAGAAAAUAUACGAAAUGCGGGACUCUGAAUUGAAAAUAGCAUCUGUUGAAGAUCUACACAGCCGUCCCUCAACAAUGUUGCAGUGUCUGGAAGGGAUACAAGAAGUAGUAGAUUGGAAAAAUAUCCUGAAACUGCAAUCCGAGGAUGGAUCUUUCUCAGGCUCCCCAGCAUCUACAGCUUGCGUAUUUAUGCACACAGGAGACAAGAAUUGUCUACGAUAUUUAAGGAACCUUGUUACAAAGUUUGGAGACCAUGUGCCGUGUAUGUAUCCGGUGGAUAUAGAGGAGCGUUUGAGAGCGGUAGAUAGUAUUGAAUGUCUUGGGCUUGAACGCCAUUUCGAAACGGAGAUUAAACAAGCCAUGGAUUAUGUGUUCCAGUACUGGGGUGAAAGAGGCGUUGGAUUUGGAAGGGAGAGCCUGGUUCAUGAUAUCGAUCUCACAGCCACGGGCUUCAGACUUUUCAGGACUUUCGGCUACGCUGUAUCUUCUCACCUUCUGCAAAACAUAAAAGGCGAGGCUGAAGAACUUUGUAAGCUGUAUGGUGUUGAAAAUGGCGCAGGGAUAACCACUAUAUUGAACCUGUAUAGAUGUUCACAGGUUAAUUUCCCGGGCGAAAAUGUAAUGAGAGAAAUAGGAGGAUUUACAAAAGAUUACUUGACUAAAUGGCUGGAAAGAGAGAACUUUUCUCAGGCGAAGGCUGUGAAGGAAAACCUUCGGCAAGAGGUUGAAUACGCCUUGUCUGCUCGGUGGAAUAGAAAUAUGCCAAGGCUGAUUACUAGAAAUCACAUAGUUGUGUUUAACCACAAUGACCUAUGGUCGGGGAAGACUUUAUAUCAACUGCCAAAGGCGAGCAACGACAAGUAUUUAGAAUUGGCCAAACUCGACUUUAACCGCAUUCAGGCUACACACAGAUCAGAAAUACAACAUAUAAAGAGAUGGUAUAAGGAGUGCAAAUUUCCGCAGUUGGAUUUUUUUCGUCACAGAGAAGUGGCAAUUUACUGGUCGUCUGCAGCGGCGAUGUUUGAACCACAAUACACCAACUGUAGACUCGACUAUACAAAGGCCGGAAUUCUGGCUACUGUCGUAGACGACCUCAACGACACCUAUGCAACUCUGAACCAAUUAAAGCUCUUCAAUGAAGCUUUCGAAAGAUGGGAUCCAUCAAAAAUCGACCAACUGCCAGAGGACAUGAAAAUAGCUUUCAUGGGCCUCUGUAAUACUUUGACCGAUAUAUCUGAACGAGCACGGGAGGUUCAAGGUCGAGAUGUGCUUCCUUACCUGCACCAACAGUGGUUGAAUCAUCUGUUCAGUUUGACAAAAGAAAGAGAAUGGAUGUUAAAAAGUUACUCGCCCUCAUUCGAUGAAUAUAUGAAGAAUGGCUUAGCGUCGGUAGCACUGGAAGUAACUACCCUGACGCCAAUAUUUUCUACGGGACAGUUUCUUCCUGAUAACAUUCUCGAGAAGCUGGACUUUCGAGGCGACUUUCUCAAUGUCGUGUGUUUCACAGGCCUUCUUGUGAACGAUUUUAGAACUUUCCAGGGCGAAAUAGAUCACGGGGAGUUGGCUUCCUUCGUGCAAUGUUACAUUAAUGAGCACCCUGGAUGCACUGAAGAAGAGGCCCUGAAUUAUCUGGAAGGGAUGAACGAAGAGGCCCUUACUAAAUUGAACUACCACUUUCUAAUGCGUGCAGACAUACCCAAGCGUUACAGAGAACUUCUUUUCAACACGGCCAGGGUAAUGCAAUUGAUUUACAGGAAGGACGACGGCUUUCUAAAUGCCGCCGAAGACCUUGAAGACAUUAUUAAAAAGUCUCUCUACGAACCAGUGCUGUAAUAGAUUUCGCACUGCUAUGGGGUCUUGAAGUCCCAACUUGCACUGCAGAAUAAAAUGCUUAUUGAACUUUGUGGGUAUAUGAUGGGCAUUAUAUUUCCUAGUCUAUGGAAGGCGCAGCAUAACUUAGCCGUCUUAUAUUUUUGAAUAUAUAUUUGGAAUGGAGAAUAUUAUAUAUCAUGUCUUCUUUUAUCUUA